CCGGUACGAAUAGUGCGAGUCCGUAUGUAGCCCGACACUGAGGCAGUGAUAAGUGUCUUCCGUCCACCUAUCCGAUAGAACGACGAUAAUAAAACAAAAAUCUCCGAGAGAAGGGUUAUAGAUUUGGCCGAAUGUCAUCACCGUCGCUGGACUGAACGUUAUCAAUCGAAAUUGUGCGUCGGUGUAGUGUAAUUUUAUCGUUGGCAGAAAAACACAGUUUUCACCGAGGAACAUUUUCGAAACAUCGACUGUUAUCAAUGGGAUGCCGGAGUGAUCUGUAAUUUGUACCAGCAGAUAGCAAGCUCGCAAAGUGGAAAACAUCAUUUGUACACAUAGGUAACCAAUAAUAGUGGCUGAUAAAGCCACAUAGUGAAAGAGUAUACGGUGUGAAACGAAAUAUUUGUGCAGCAAAUUGCUUUUUAAAACAGUGCAAUUGUGGAGUGGAAACGUGACAGCAAAUAAGGGUACAAUUGCAGUAGCGUUUGUCAUCCGAACGAUUAGAGAUCAAGCAUAAUCGUACAUAACUACAUAAAACAUGGGAACUUCGUAUAGGCUUGGGAUGGAUGAGUUGUCUGGUAAAUCUUCCAACAGUAUUUGGAAGGCGCUGGUAGCUGAGUUUAUCGGCAUCUUCAUUCUGAAUUUCUUCGGUUGUGCAGCUUGUACACAUGCAGCUGGUGAUAAAACUCUCAUUUCACUCGCUUUUGGAUUGAGCGUGUUUAUGGUUGUGAUGUCAAUCGGGCACAUUAGUGGAGGACACAUCAACCCAGCAGUAACCGCUGGUCUACUCGUCGCUGGAAAGAUCAGCGUUGUUCGGGCAGUUUUAUACGUUGUGGCACAAUGUGCAGGAGCGGUGGCUGGAACGGCUUCGCUUAAGUCGCUUUUACCAGAAGCAUACCAAAAUGGGCUUGGAAACACCGGGCUGAAGGAAAGCGUGCAAGAAAUGCAAGGAUUGGGCAUUGAGUUCUUCUUAGGUUUCAUUCUGGUGCUGUGUGUCUUCGGUGUUUGUGACGAGAACAAACCGGACUCACGAUUUGUGGCACCAUUGGCCAUCGGUAUGACUGUUACUUUGGGUCACCUUGGAGUUGUUGAAUAUACCGGUUCCAGCAUGAAUCCUGCCCGCUCGUUUGGAACCGCGUUCAUUGGUGACAACUGGGCUAACCAUUGGAUCUACUGGGCAGGUCCAAUUCUGGGUGGUGUAGGCGCAUCUCUUCUGUAUUGUCAAGUGUUCAAAGCAGCUCAGAUUGAAGAAUCUCCCACGGAACGUUACCGUGUAGUAGCAGACGAGAAAGAGCUGAAACGUUUGGAUGGAAAACGCGAUAUGGCCUGAAUUAAUCAGCACUCUCGUUGCAACGAUGAAAUAAUAUUCAUUAAUCGAAUAUUUACGGAGAGCCUAGCAUUUAAGUAUAUUUUAUAAUUGGAUUUUAUCUAUGUUUUAAAAAUCUACAUAAACAGGAUUUAGUAGUUAAGUGAGUCGCAUAUAAAAUAAUGAUAAGCAAAAACAUAAUGUGCCACGAAUAAAUUAUAAUAAAUAUAAAUAAAAGAAAGAAAUUAA